AUGGCCAUGGAAGAUGCCGAUCUUUCCAGAGAGAUUCCAGUCACUCCCGUCCGAUCCAGCAGUGACAACAGUGGCCUAGCCAGCAACUACUCGGAGACUGCAUCAUCAUCCGUUACCGGUCCUCAUGGAGCCAAUGAUAGCAUUGCUUCUGGUAUUGUACCGCCAUCGCCCCAACGAUCCUAUCAAGGUACUCUUCCGCCUUCGGUUACGAGCUCACCAGUGUCCGUUGCCCGGUCCACUGCCAACACUGCCAAAAUGAGUCCACCGGAUGGACGGAAUAAGACUCCAUUGCUACCAAAGUCGGGUUCCAAAGUUCCUAUGCAACCUGAUUUGCAAACGCCGACUUUCAAUGAUGCGGAUGUAGAAGUUGCAGACUUGUUGGGGGACUAUUCCAAUGCUCCCAGCAACCAUCGACACCAACACUAUUCUUCUACACCAGAACCAAGGGUCUUGUACACCUCGGAUGACGAAGAAACGGAUCCAACGUCUUCCAUUACGGCGGAUUAUCCAGCAUAUGCGAGAAACAAUGCCACUUCAACCUUUGGCAAGGUUAUUCAACCACUCAAGGAUAAGAUGAACAGUUCCAAGAAUCGAUCUAACUCGGAAGAGGAAGGUGAAAAGAACAUCCCACCGGGAGCAAUCAUCUUUGGAUACCUACAAAAGCAGGGCAGGAACGGAAAAUGGCAGACCCGUUGGUUUGAAUCUGACGGAGAGUGUCUGGCUUACUACAAAUCCAGCAAACGAGUCAAGCUUUUGGCAACACUCGAUCUAGCCAAGGUUGGGUACAUUUUGGUGAACAAUCAAGACCCAACUGGAUGCACCUUUACAAUCAAUAUCAAGAAUAGACCUUAUUUCUUGAGAUCUGAUUCUAAGGUAUCCUGUAAUGACUGGGUUAUUACCUUGAACCGAAUCAAGGAGGCACGCUUGCGACAAGGCAAUGUGAAACUAGUGAACUCUCAGCCACCAGAUCUACUGGACUCUGAAGUGGCACCUCGAGUCGUAGUUGUCGCUGGUCGCCAACGGACCCACGCCAUUGAUGACGACGAUGCCUUUCAAUGGGAGGGCAAUUCGUGGAAUGAUAACCCCGCGGCCCACGAAGAGUAUAUUUACGAUCCGACAAACUCGUCUGCCAAAUGGCAAAAGUCAGCUCAUAAGCUGUCCAAGUUUGCUGGCAAGGUCUUGCGAUGGGCAAGAAGUAUUGGUCGUCGAACAAGUGGACAUGGUUGCACAGCUGCUGACGAGCAAGUCGUUUUGGAUCAUCAUGUGCAUCCACCCGGUCACGACGAUGGAAAGAGAUCUGGUCGUUCUAAGAAACCUAUUGUAAACAAGACCCCCCAUUAUCAAGGCCAAAAUAUCAAUUCCAAACCGGAAAACGACUCCUUGACUCUGGGACGAUCCAUGUCUAUAGAGGAUGCAAGAGAACUGUCAUAA